UUGUUCCACACAGAAUGGGAUGGCUUCAAUCUCUGGUGCUCUGCACCCUGGCUGCAUGCUGUGUGGCUAGGUCUCCACCCCAGCAGUGCCUGAACCCCUUACCCCAGCAGGCCCAGAACCCCUCACCUUUGGUUUCCCGGGGCUGCAAUGACUCGGAUGUGCUGACCUUUGCAGGCUUUGCCCUGCAGGACAUCAACAGAGAACAAAAGGAUGGCUAUGUGCUGAGCCUCAACCGAGUGCAUGAUGUUUGGGAAGAGUAUCAGGACGACGUUGGAACUCUGUUCUACCUCACACUGGAUGUGUUAGAGACUGGCUGUCAUGUGCUUAGCAAGAAAGCAUGGAAGGACUGUGAUGUGAGGACCCUUCAUACCUCGGUAAGUGUUUUCUUGGCCUCUGUUAUUUUCAUGACUCAUGAAAAUAAAUUCCUCUUGUUGGCAUCAACAGUUUCUCGGAGAAAGAUUCAUACUAUGUGCCCUGAUUGCCCCAGCCCCACCAACUUGUCAGACCCCGAGGUUCUGGAAGCUGUGACUGAGUCUCUUGCAAAAUUCAACAGUGAGAGUCCCUCGAAGCAGUACUCUCUCGUAAAAAUCACCAAGGCCUCUAGCCAGUGGGUGGUUGGCCCUGCUUACUUUGUGGAAUAUUUAAUCCAGGAGUCACCAUGUACCAAGUCCCAGGAGAGCUGCUCACUGCAAUCUCUAAACUCUGUGUCUGUUGGUCUUUGCGAAGGUUCUCUGACUAAAACACAAGAAGAUAAGUUUGUUACUGUAUCUUGUGACUUCUUUGAAUCACAGGUUCAGGUUCCAGGAAGUGAAAAUACUGAGGCUACCCAGGGACCCCCAAUCCUCCCUGAGACAGAGGACCCAUCUAAGAAAAAGCUUUCCAGUUUCCCCAUACCAAGGGGCUCUGUCCAGCACCUCCCUGACUUGGAUGAUGAAAAGGCCAAAGAUCCUCAGGAGAAAGAUCCUCAGGAAGCCUUCCCCGUGCAGUUGGACCUGACCACAGAUCCCCAGGGAACAACCGUGGAUGUGUCUUUCCUCUUCAUGGGGCCUGAGGAAAAGAAGCUGCGUGUGCUGCCUUUCCCCACAAAAAAACAGCACUCUACACAGUGCCCAUCGCCUGCCAAUCAUCCCAGUCCUCUUAUUCUCCCGCCCUGAGAAUCACAGAGAGUGUACCAUGUGGGUGUGAUUUCUUGUACAAGAUGAGUGGUGGUAGGAAUGGGACAGAGAGAGAGGUUCAAA